GGUGUUGGAAGCCAAGCCUGUGAUAAUUCUGUAGAAGCUGUGGCAAAUUAAUAGCCAUUCCACAAGUGGGGAGGGUGGGCCGAGAGGGGCGUGGGUUUGCCUGUGGAGCUUAUCUUUGGCAGAACAGUUGGACAGUUAUGACCUUCUCCUGCCAUCCUGAGUGAAAGUGCAGAGCUGCUAAUUGCCAGAGAAAGACUUGAGAAGGAGACUAAAGGGGGAAAAACACAUUCUUCACAGUUGAUCAGAAAAUAGAUGAAAUUAACAAGGAGAUGGGCAGUCUUUUUUGAUGCCAAAAGUUUGCUAAGGAGAAGGCUCCUGAGCUACUAGCAGCCAGACUGGGUGUGAAAGACGAGGGAGAAGUGGAAAAUGGGAGUGGAGAGAGACUCAGGCUGUGAGUAGAAUGCAGCAGACAUAGAGGCCUUUAAAAGAGGGUAGCUUUGUCCAAGAUUUUGAAUUGAGCAGGACAUCAGGAAGAUAUAGGGAUAAUGUGUUGCGUUUGGUCCUGGUCUGAGUGGAGAGGAAGCAGAUACUCCUUAAAAUUAGGCAGCAGUGGUUACAUGUGCAGAAUGGUAAGGUUGGAAUACAAACCCUGAGAGGCUCAGAUUACAUUGUUCAAGAUUUUGUGAUGAAAGGAGUGAAUUUGCAGGAAGUGCAAAUCAUUCUGCAGGAAGUGAAUUUGAGGGGUCUUGAGAAGCAAUGGCCACAGAAGCCCCUGUGAAUAUAGCACCACCUGAGUGUAGCACUGUUGUCAGCACAGCAGUUGACAGCCUCAUUUGGCAGCCAAACUCACUAAAUAUGCACAUGAUAAGGCCCAAGUCCGCCAAGGGACGGACAAGACCGAGUCUGCAGAAAUCCCAGGGCGCGGAGGUGUGUGCUCAUCAUAUACCAUCUCCGCCUCCAGCCAUUCCCUAUGAGUUGCCAAGCAGCCAAAAACCAGGAGCCUGUGCACCCAAAUCUCCAAACCAGGGAGCUUCUGAUGAGAUCCCUGAGCUGCUGCAGCAGGUACCCAUUGGGGCUUCCUCUUCUCUCAAUAAGUAUCCAGUCCUUCCUUCCAUCAACAGAAAGAACCUGGAGGAGGAGGCUGUGGAAACCGUUGCCAAAAAGGCCAGCUCACUGCAACUGAGCAGUAUCCGGGCUCUUUACCAAGAGGAGACGGGCACCAUGAAGACAAGUGAAGAAGAUUCCAGAGCUCGAGCUUGUGCCGUGGAGAGGAAAUUCAUCGUCCGAACCAAGAAACAGGGCUCUUCCAGGGCUGGAAAUCUGGAGGAACCAUCGGACCAAGAACCAAGGUUGCUGCUUGCUGUUAGAUCACCAACAGGCCAAAGGUUUGUACACCAUUUCCGGCCAACAGAUGAUUUGCAAACCAUUGUUGCUGUGGCCGAACAGAAAAACAAAACCUCCUACCGACACUGCAGCAUUGAAACAAUGGAGGUGCCCAGGAGGCGAUUUUCUGACCUCACCAAAUCUCUGCAAGAGUGCAGAAUCCCCCACAAGUCUGUGCUGGGCAUCUCACUGGAAGAUGGGGAAGGGUGGCCCUGAGUCCACAGCCACCCAGCUGAGGUCCUGGGUCUCUGAGCAAAGGAGCAUGCUUGGGCGUUGUGGCCUCCUAGGCAGCCUGUUUCAAGUGCCAUGUGGACCUGGUGCAGCUGGGAAGCUUGGGACUCUCGUCUCCACUGCGUGUCCUCUGAAGCAGUGAAGUCUGUGCCUAUGCCGAGCGCGCUAAGAAGUCUCCCUUCCAGCUGUUCCAUUCUCUCCACCACCAGCGUAACUGGCAAGUUACCAAGGUUGUUCCUGAAACAGCAGUGAUCAUGACUUCUCCUUUCCAGAGUUUUGGGUCCUUCUGAAUUAAUGGUCCUUUUGGAACACCAGCUUGCCUUUACAGUGAACUGUGAUUCUCUUGAAGCCAAUGCUUUCCUGUCUGUAUUUGAUGCAGGAUUAAACACUUCCCAGAGAGGAUUCUAGUCUGGUAAAUAACCACAGUGUAGGAACUAUCUAACUGGCAUUUGUGUUUCUUGUGAGUAUUUUAAAGAAACAGGCCGUUGACCCCAUCUUUGGAAGUAGCCCUUUGCCAUGCAUGGUCAGUUUCUUAGGGAUUUACUAUUUGUGUGAGGUGACAUCUAAGGGAAGAAUGGGUUUUCUUCCCCAAAACAUCAGCAUUUCUAAAAUAGUCCUAAAGCUUGAAAGUAAGUUGCUUCCAUGAGCAUGGAUUACCCAGUAGCUACUUUUUAAUAGAGACUGACUAGGUUUACAACUUCUGGGAGCUACUCUGUGGGCUGAAUUCUUCCAAAACUGAGAAAAGCCAGUGCAAUCUGAUUUCUUUUGCUUUUGUCAGUAAUGGAAUCUUUUGUUUUUAAAAUGUACAAACCUAUAAGUCUAAACAGGUUUGUACUGACAACCUCCUUGGCUUAUUUGGGGGUGGAGCAAUUGUUUUAUUCCCCAGUUUCAGUGCGUUGCCCACUUCAAACAUGGCGUGUCCUUUGGAGCUGUGACAGAGGUGCCCGUUCUGACUUAGAACCUCUGGAGGAGGAGGGGGGUGCCUUGGUCUCGUGUUACUUUGCUGUGCCUGUGCUGAGAGACCAUGUGCCCGAGCAUCUGGUUGACCGGCAUGAAGUACAUCAGCCUGUCUUAGCCUGAGCUGCUUUGAAGACCGUGGGGUCUUGUGUUUCCGACUUUGAAGUGCUGAUGUGGACAGUUUGCCAAUGUUCUCUUCCAUUGCAAGUUCAGCCAGACUCCAUGACUCAUCUGAUCCCUUUUAUGGCCAAAUCAUCCUUCAGAGUAGGGAACACUCAGACAUUCUGUGCAUGUUGUUCCCCCAAAGCAUGGUCAUCACAAAGUCCUGAGUUCUGGUGUGUGCUCCCGCCUCCUGGGUAUACAGAGAGAAGGCAGGAAUCAGGAGUUCCAAAAGCAUAUAAAUGUGGCUACCCCAGCAACAAGCGCAUCCUGUGCUCACAUAAGGUGCAUGGCUGGGAGUGUUUUUUCUCGCACGCUGAGGCUUAGUGGAGAUGGGCACCACUACCAUUUGCUCAGAAGAAGGCUGGUCUGGUCCUAACUGCAUCCCAGACUGCCCAGAUCAUUCUAGAAUAGGUUAUUUCUGAAUGUUUUACAGAAUUUCUUAAUACCAUCCUGGUUUGGUCAGCCAUUCCUUUGAUUGGAAAGGUCAGCUGGGGCCAGUGGUGCCUCAGGCAGGCCCACACAACUGGCCACCUCUUCCCGUUAAUGACCACAGCAGACAAAAUUUGAGCCCAGCACCUAAAAGUACAGGAAUUUCACUUCCCACCAGGACUCGAGCACAUAACUCUGUGUCUGAUCUAGGAGGCUGGGGGAAGAGCCUCACAUAAAGUCACACCUACUCUGUGGUAAGAAUAAAAUCCCACCCACCUGGGACUUGGUAAUUUCUCCAGACAGGAAAGCUUUAGAAACUUGAGUGAAAUGGAGCAAGCUUGAAGGAGUUAGAAUCUUCUGUGCUUAGGGUUUGCUGCUGCUGGUGAGCUUAGAAUUUUGGGGUUGGGAAAAAGUGGAAGGCAUAAGCAUAGAAAUAUUUUAGGAUAUUUUAGGAUAUGUGAAUAAAGCUAGACUCAAACCAUCAUAAUAAACAUUUUUUUUUUGGACAAAAGAUGAUACUAACGAUAAAAACCAACUUGUGUGAAACUGAGUCAGUGGAGAAGUGCAUCUCGUAUUUUAACCUAAGACUUCAGCUCCCACACACGACUGGACAGAGGGGUGUGUUAGCCUGAUCUUCAGUUUUCUCACUGGGAAAGCACUUGUUCCACUGUUAGAACCAAGUCCUCCUCCCCGGACACUUCUGAUGCCCACUGCAGAAGCUCCGGGGCUCCUGCUCUCAGCUUCUGUCACAGCACUUAGCUUGUCUGGAUAAGAGUCACCUGAAUUUUUCCUAAACAUCAUUCCAAGUACUCUGAUUUUGGGGAUUGGCAAGAACAAGCUAAAUCAGAAUUCCGAGUUUCUGAUGGCUCUACAUGUUGCAUUGCAGCUGAGGCCCCGUGUCCUAAAUGGGUUCGACCGGCCUAGCACACUCCUCUUGGUGGCUUUGGGUGGGUCAGCCUUGCCCAAUUUGGGGUCAUAGACCUCAGUUAUUCAUUUAACCAAUGGCCAUUGAGGGCUUACCCAGUGCCACACUUUGAGACAAGCAUGGGUGUCCUGAAAAGAAAGUGUUGGCAAGAAAACAUGAACCCACCAUUGGACUCUCAACUCAAACCUUACUGAAGUCAGUGGCUAUAGCUUUAUCUGCAAAGGACCCCAAAGUGAGGAUCCCACACUGUUACUGCUGGCUCUUCAUCCCACCCUCUGGAGAUGCUAAGGAAACUCUUCCCCACCUUUUCUAGUGAUGGAGUAGGAACUUUGCAUAGGACAAACCUUCACGAUAGGUUACUCUAGUAUAUUCCCUCAUAAAGUCCAAUAGGUAAAUUAGUCUUGGCAGCAGAAGGAACAGCAGGAGAAGUAAGUGAUUCAUCAUCUAGAAUCCAGAAAAUUUGCACCAACAGAUGGCAGGUGGUUAUAACACAACAGUUCUUGCCCUGAGAAUAUCUGGGGACCCAGCCAACAGCCUUCAAGGCAGGGCACUCCUGCGGAAGAGAUGGCUUGUGAACAUGACUGUGGACCCAGAGUCACCCCAGAGCUCCCAUAUAAAAUGCUUCACAGACAGAGAAACUAAGAGCAGCCUUGGGGCAUUCAUUCCAAUUAAUAACCUUAAAGACUAGAGCCAGAUCCACCUGCAUUACAAAAGCAGGCAUUCAAGGAACUAAACUUUGCUUUUGUUCAUGCUCUUACCUGCCGUUUUAAAUGGGUUUCUAAUGUCAAAUAAAGCCACCCUGCCUCUUGGGACAAAGAUGUUUCUCUUUACUUAAUUUUAAAAAUAAAAUCCUCAUAAGUUCAGAUGAAAGAGACUUUUACAUGAUAAGAGGAUCUACUUUUCUACCUUUUAAACGGAAUAAUGAAGACAGCUAUAUUAUUUUGCUUUAGCAUUAGUUUAGAAGUCAUUCCAAGAAUUAAGCAGGAACAUCUGUUUUCUUAGUCCAUUAAGGCAACACCCCACAAUAAAGUUAAAAGUUCACGAGCCUAUUGACUCUCAUCCAGAAACCAGAACCAACCAAACCCCACCAUAUAACAGGGAAGGCCUGAGGUCGCUUCGGAGGAGUUAGCAAUCAAAGGAGAACAGACUUUUGGUGACUCAGUUACCAACAUACAACACUCAUAAAACUAAAAUUGGGUGUUUUAUUUUUUGUCUACACGGUGGCGUGCCACUUUCCUUUCCUGAUUAGGGAAGCUUCUCCCAGCCCUUUCUGACGUUCAUCUGUGUGCCUUUAUGUUCAAACAGUUUAGGAAGCAGCAGCCCUCCUAACAGUCGACGCGGAAGCACAAAUCUCUGGAGGUAUUUUUGGACACACUUAAAUCCUAUCCCAAGAGGCUGAACGACUGUGGUGACAAAUGCCCACGGGUAAAACUGAGCAGGCCUCAUUCAGACUGUCCUGCUCAGAGGCGCCCUCUGGCUGCCGUGUUGAGGGGCUGGGGUGGAAGAUGGAAGACCGAGUGCUGGAGGUGUGAAGGUGACCAGAGAGAGGUGAUGGUGGUUCGGGCCAGGGUGGUAGCCAGAGAUGUCAUGAGAGGUGGCCAGAUUCUGGACAUAUAAUCCAUUUUCUUAAAGAAAAAAUAAAAGGAUAGUUUGACAAGUUGGGAUUCACCCAGGUGGACUUAGCUUGACCAAUAUCGCCAGCGUGGAUUGUUUCUGCAAAAACAAACAAGCAAACAACCACCACGGCAGCAAAGCACGUGGCAGGCAGGGGAAAGACACUGACCAGCAGGAACAUUCCCAUCAAGGAAAUGCACGAGUGUUUUUGGACAAAGUGUACAGAGAAAAUCAAAGCUAUUCAUUGUUUUAAUUAAGAUAAAGCUAAGGUCACUGUUUCACUUAAUGUUUAGAUAUAAGUUAAAAGUAUCAUCUAACUCUAGGGGUAUGAUAUGACUGCUGACCAAGGUUACUUAAUAAGAAAUCCUUGUUCUAGUUAAAUACACUGUUUAUCUCUAUCUCCUGUCCUUCAUCCCUCCCUUUCUUGCCACCCUUCCCUCCAUUUAUUCCAGUCCAGCAGCUGACUGGGGAUGCAUUUCUUCUUGGGAAGGCAAACAAAGCCAUCAUUCUGGGGCUUAAUUAAUAAAGCUCCUAGUUUCAUAGUUUU